CCCGCAGUGUUUUUAGCCUGCUGACUUCAUCAGAGAACUAACCAGACAUUUUACCCUCAGUUUCAGUCUCAUUUUUCCCUGUUAAAACAGGCCAGGCUAGACCUGUCGAGCAGUAUCCCCACCACCACCUUUCGUGGAUUUUUCCCCCCUUCUUCUUCUUUUCCCCCAGCAGCCAAAUAGUGUGGUGCAUGGACAGGAGAAAGGGGGCAGGAAACAAAAAUACACUUUGGCGGAUUGUUAGCCGAACAUCAAGAGAAGAUGUGGAGGAAGGUAUGAUGAUGAUGAUGAGGAGGAUUAUCUGUGUGUAUAACUAACAGACAUGCAGUGAGGUGCCCUGAUUUGUGGAUCCAGCCUGCUCCAGUCAUCGAGCUGAGGGGGAGAAAUUGGGAGAAGUCGUGUGGAGCACAAAGAGCUGAUUUUAAAGCCGAGGAUUUAACAAGUUUGAAGCAUGCUCCUCGUGUGCUGACAGAGGACUGAAGGUGGGAGCACUGUGGUGGGUUUCUGUUGCUUUCUGUGCAGACUUUCACCAUUACGCAAAGUUGGACAAUCUGGGAGAAGUUCCCAGUCUGCAACCAGUAAUCACACUUGUUAUUGGAGGUGCUGUAUCUGGCCAACGCCUUAUAUUCACUACUGACUGUGUGUGUUGUGGUUUUUAUGAGAUAACCGCACUUAGUCUAUGUGUAUUUUUCUACUACAGCCUUUUGACCACAGAGUGAGGCUCUCUGUACUGAAGUCCACUUUAAAUGCGGACUGGUUUGUGGUCAGUGAGUGCACAGCCGAGCCUCCGCCGGUGCCACUUGAUCUUUAAUUCAAGGCGAGACAGAAGUCGGUUGAUUUUUGACAAUUUUCUGACCACACUAUGGAGCUGACAUACAUCAGCGUUGUCCUAAUGGGGUGCAUCUUCCUGGAUUGGGCUCCACAGGCUUCUGCAGAGGAAGAGGUGCUGAUGAACACUAAGACAGAGACUUCUGAUCUCAAAUGGACCAUCUUCUCGCAUGCCAAAACCGAGUGGGAGGAAGUUAGUGGUUUAGAUGAGGAGAACAACAGUGUGAGGACCUAUGAGAUCUGCCAGACUGACAGCUCGUCCAGCCACUGGCUUCGCAGUGGCUUCAUCCAGCGAAGAGGUGCAGCUCACGUCUAUGUGGAGCUUCGAUUCACCAUGAUGGAGUGUUCCUCCAGGAGCACCCACCACCGCAGCUGUAAGGAGACCUUCAAUCUCUACUACUACCAGGCAGACUCGAACGAGGCCACAGCCACUCACCCUCCAUGGAUGGAGAAUCCUUACGUCAAGGUCGACACGGUGGCUGCGGACUUUCUACUGAGGAAGGGUGGGGAGCAGAAAUUCAAUUUGAAGACCUUAAGGCUCGGCCCUCUAUCUAAGAGGGGCCUCUACUUGGCUUUUCAGGCUCAGGGCGCUUGCAUGGCCCUGCUGUCCGUCAGGGUUUUCUUCAAGAAGUGUCCUCCCUUGAUUAGUUCUCUUUCGUCUUUCCCUGAGACCGUCCCCCGCACUCUUGUGCAAGAGGCGCAGGGUGUGUGUGUGGACUACGCCUCCCUGCAAGGGCCCAGACCUCGGCCACCUAAACUCUUCUGCGGGGAAGAUGGCCAGUGGGUGGGCCAGGCGACAACCUCCUGUGCCUGCGUACCGGGAUUUGAACCUGCUGAAGGAAACACACGAUGCACAGCCUGCUCUUUGGGUCAGUUCAAGUCAGGUGCAGAGGGACAAUGCACAGGCUGUCCAGGAUUCAGCCACGCCCCCACCAGGGGGGCAUCAGCGUGUGUGUGUCGACCCGGAUACCUGCGUGCAGAAUCUGACAACCCCGACGCUUCAUGCACUAGACCUCCUUCGGCCCCACGCAGUAUUGUCACCCAGAUCAACGACACCACGCUCAGUCUAGAGUGGAACGAGCCGCUGGACAACGGCAACAGAGAAGACCUGAGCUACACUGUCAGAUGCUUUGUGUGUAGGUCACCCAAAGGACCCUGCCUGUCCUGCGGAGACAGCGUCAGCUACCGCCCCUCGCAGCACGGCCUGCAGGGUCGCAGGGUUGAGGUGUGGGGCCUGCUGCCUCACACCACAUACACCUUUACCAUCCAGGCAAUCAACGGGGUGUCUCAGCUCAGCGGCAAGGACCCUGCCAGCGAAAGUGUCAACAUCACUACAAGUCAUGACGUGCCAUCACUGGUGUCUGUGAUUCGGAAGAGGGACUCCACAGAGAGCAGCCUGACACUUCACUGGUCAGUCCCUGCCCAGCCACACUACACCAUCCUGCAGUAUCAGCUACGCUACUGUGAGAAGGAGCGGCGUACCGAGGAUCAGUGCCUCUACACAGAGAGUAACAUAAACCAGGCUGUGCUGACGGACCUUCGUAGGGCCACUCAAUAUGAAGUGCAGGUGCGGGUGCGUACCAUGGCCGGUUAUGGCAGCUUCAGUCCUGCAGCCAUCUUCCGUACCCUCCCUGAUGGACUCGAUUCUUCCUCCCAGUUCUUGAUACCUGGCAUCCUUAUCGCCGUUGGGAUGUUGCUGCUUGUCACUUUCGUCUUUGUGGCCGCUUACUGCAUACGCAGACACAGCCGAAUAAAGGAUCCAGAGCUGAGUGACAAAAACAGCCAGUACCUUGUUGGCCAAGGGGUCAAGGUGUAUAUCGACCCUUUCACCUAUGAGGACCCCAAUGAGGCGGUGCGAGAAUUUGCCAAGGAAAUCGAUGUUUCCUUUGUCAAGAUUGAGGAGGUUAUUGGAGCUGGAGAGUUCGGGGAGGUGUGUCGAGGACGGCUUAGGGUCCCGGGGAAAAAAGAAAACUACGUAGCAAUAAAGACAUUAAAGGGCGGCUACACGGACAAGCAAAGGCGAGACUUCCUGUCCGAGGCGUCCAUCAUGGGCCAGUUCCAGCACCCCAACAUCAUCCACUUGGAGGGGAUCAUCACAGCCAGCUGUCCAGUCAUGAUACUCACAGAGUUUAUGGAGAACGGAGCUCUGGAUUCUUUUCUACGGCUGAACGACAGCCAGUUCACGCCCAUCCAGCUGGUGGGAAUGCUGCGCGGCAUCGCCUCGGGCAUGAAGUACCUGGCAGAGAUGAGCUACGUCCACCGGGACCUGGCUGCCCGCAACAUCCUGAUCAACAGCAACCUGGUGUGCAAGGUGUCCGACUUCGGCUUGUCACGCUUCUUGCAGGAGAACUCCUCUGACCCGACUUACACCAGCUCUCUGGGAGGUAAGAUCCCAAUCCGCUGGACAGCACCGGAGGCGAUAGCCUUCAGAAAGUUUACCUCAGCCUCUGAUGUGUGGAGCUAUGGCAUUGUCAUGUGGGAGGUCAUGUCUUUUGGAGAGAGACCGUACUGGGACAUGAGCAACCAGGAUGUAAUCAAUGCCAUAGAGCAGGACUACCGGCUGCCCCCGCCCCCUGACUGCCCCACCCACCUGCACCAGCUGAUGUUGGACUGCUGGCAGAAGGACCGUUCAGCGCGUCCUCGCUUCGCAGACCUUGUCAGCGCUCUGGACAAGCUGAUCCGCAACCCAGCGUCACUGAAAAUAGUGGCUCAAGAAGGAGCAGGGCCAUCAUACCCCCUGCUGGACCAGCGUGCACCUAUAGCCCUUUCGUCAUGCGCUUCAGUGGGGGAAUGGUUGAGGGCCAUCAAGAUGGAGCGCUACGAAGACAGCUUCCUGCAGGCCGGCUUCACCUCAGUGGAUCAGCUGACCCAGAUCACCACACAGGAGCUGCUGCGCAUGGGCGUGACGCUGGCCGGGCAUCAGAGAAAAAUCCUCUCCAGCAUCCAGAUGAUGACUUUUCGGAACAAGAGCACUACAACUGUGACCUUCUAGCUCACCUGCCUCCUAAACUGGUGAUGAACACCAGCACGCGGGUGCAGCUAUGUACCGACAGCACUCUGGAUCCUCUUUUUCAACAUGGACUCCCAAGAGAGAUUGACAGAAAAAAAAUCAGUGAUUAAAGAUGAGUUUCCAAUCAGCAUGGGAAAGUCAUCCAGAAACUGGUUAAUCACCCAGAGUGACCCGACAGUGAACUGACUCUGCCUCUUUCUUACAGUUAGCGUUCAAUGUUUUUAUAUCUACGCAAGUUUAGGAUCCAAUUAAUGUACUAAACCAAGAGGAGAUGCUGGUCGGUUUGUUUCAUUGUGAAAACUGGUAGUUGACUGGUUUGUUGUCCUAAAAAAAAAAUCACUUUCACCUUUUCAACAAACAGCAAAAACAGAUGCCAGGAUUUGAGUAUCAUUAUGUAAUCAUGAAGUAGAGCUGUUGUCACUCUGGGUGUCUUGCAUUAAUACAUCUGGAUUACAUCACUACAAAGACACCUUUCACACCAAGACUGAAGAUUUGAACUGUGUUGGAUUUCUUUUUUUCUUUUUUUAAAACUUUUUUUUCAUUUGAUUUCAACAUUACCUCCUCUUUACUCAGGUGUGGUGUGUAAUGCAGACUUUGGAGACUCCUCCUAAUCAGACUCUUUCAUCUUCCUCAGUCUGCUCCCCUCUCCCCCAGCCCCCCUUCACCAGCGCAGCACCGUACGAGGAGCAGCGAGACACAGAGACAUAUCAGCACUUUUGUCGUUUCACAGUGAAUUGUAAUCUUCAGUGACUCCAUGUGUUUUGGAGUGCCAGUCAGUUAUUUCUACUGCCCAUGCUUCUGCUGGCAGCUCCAUUUUAUUAUACUCAGACUGAACAAGGACCAAGUGGACUCAGAGACCAGAGAACACUGUAGAAUUGGUUUUCUUUGUAGAAAUUUACUAAGGAAGCUAUCUGGGCUCGAAGUUGUUUUUGCUGAUGUAAAUGAUACGUUUUUUUAUUUGCUUAUUCUGUACUUAUUCAUCAUCUUCCAGUGCCAUUCAGUCGUCUUUGUGGAUUUAAAUGCCAAUUUUAUAAAGAAGAAAUCUCUCGAGUGAUUCAAUCUUGUCUCAUUUAAAUGUACCUUAAAGGGUUACUUUGACAUUUUGAAGUUAAGUGUAUUAGGUUCCUUCAUCAGAUGUCCAAAAAUGGUCUCUGCUUUUUGACCCAAAGCUACACACACACACACAAUGCACAGCAGCUAACAGGCUAGCCCGCAGUCAGCAGUAUCCAUUGGUUUCAGGGUGGAAUGCUAACAACGCUGUUGAUCCGCUGUUUGAUUAGCAGCACAACUCCCACGUUAUUACAAGUGAUUGUUGAAGAAGAAUAACAGACUCUAGUUCAAAGUGUCAAAGUAUUGCUCUAAGACUUGAAGGAUAAUUCCAGUCUUUUUGACAUUUAAGGCCUGCAUAAUUUUCCCCACCUGCAGUACAUCAGUAAAAUGGAGCUUAAACAUCCUCUAAACACACUUGAACAAAAAUGUUGAAUACGAAAUGCAUUGUAUUGCUUUUCUAAAUGGUUUCACUCUUGUGCUAUAGUGCACUUUUUUUAAUCUGUUCAGUUUAUUUUGCAUGACAAAAGACAACUUUCCUAGUAAUAAGUGAGGGAAUUCAGUUUCCCCUCAGCAGAUAUUUUCUCAUAGCACAGUCGUUAAAGGAUAGGUUCACAAUAUUUCAAGCCUGUCUUAAAAUAAUAGUCAGGGGCCCAAUUGAACACAGGUUUUAAUUACUGUAAUCAUUCCUCCUGUUCAUUCUUGGCUAUUAAAAGAUCCCUUCUUAAUGAACUUCACAUGUUAGUGACGUGCGAGAAAAUCCACAGUCCUCCUUCUGUGCAGAAAUGAAUUUAAAAGUUUAUCUGAAGCUAAUACGACGCUUCAGUCAUCCAAACUUGUCAAAUCAAGUCAGUAUCUUUCAGAGUUAGUCUUUUUGGUACCAGAUUCCCUCUCUUUGUUACUACUAUUGCAGCUGGAGAGGAAAACACUGUCAGUGGCGACACAAAGACGGAACUUUUUUUAUAUAAAGACAGCUGUGGAAGAUAUCCACUCUAUUUCACUCACCCAGACAGCUGAAGCCUCAUAUUAUCUUCAGUUAAACUUUUAAAUACAUUUUUUUCUUUGAAACAAGGACUGUGGGUUUUUGUCCUCCAUCACUUCCAUUGAAAGCACAUUUGGAGAGAGGGGAUCUUCUAAUGGCCACUAUGAACAAUAGGAAUGACUACAGCGAGGAAAACCAAUGUUUGAAUGUUCAUAUGGGAACCUGACUAUAGUUUUAGGACAGACUCUUCGAACUUUGCACUUUUAUCAUCUGUGAUCAUUUUCUAGGGUUUCGUGAGGUUUACGGCGCAAUUUCCUCUCAAACAAAACCCACUCGGAGGUGAUGAUUAACACAGAUUCAAGGGCCAGUAUGAGUUGUCUGGUUAAUGCACACCAAGAAUUAAGGGCUGGAAACGGUCAACCAUUUUAUGGCAACACAUGAAAAAGACAGAGUGCGUUGGAAACAUUGGUGACACCAUAAAAUCAUUGGACCUUAGUGUGCGUUCAUCCUCUUUUCUAACAUGCAUUCAAAACUUGACUAGCCUUGGUCAGAAACACUGGUAUUGUCACGCAAGAGUCUGAGACAUUCCUUCAAGGAUUAUGGGAAACGUGGUCUUCAUAUUGAAGAUCUUAAUAAAGUCAACUUUGAAAUGAUGAAUAGAUAAAGUAUGUUUUGAUUACCGUCCUGUGUGUAGGCUAAUCUGUAUUCAGUAUUCAUA